CGCUACCCCCCGCAGUCGCGGCUCGGAGGCUGCGCGGUCCGCACGCCCGCGAGUGAUGUGAGCAAUAUGACGGUGAUUCUCGUGUUCGGACUUUUCGUUGUGAUCGCAACAGCGCACAACAUAACCUUACUAGAGGUACCUCGCUACGGAGACCCGCGGAGAGACGCCAAUCUCGUCUGCCACUAUAUGAACGAGAAAGGAGACCCGCCUCUUCACUCUGUCAAGUGGUACAGAGACUACAAUGAAAUAUUCAGAUACACGCCAGGACAACAGCCAGAAACCCGAACAUUCAACACGACAGCCGGCGCCAUCUCUCGAGGCGACUGCAACAAGCAUCGAUGCUCCAUCAACGUAGUGUUACCCAAACAUUACACCACCAGGAUAUCAUACACGUGUGAGGUGUCCACUGAAGGUCCGAGGUUCGCUGUUGUGAAGCAGACGAAAAAUCUUACAGUUGCUGUGACGCUAAAGCAAGAUCCGGAGAUAAUCGGAGUCCCGAGCAGCGUCCAACUGGGGGAGGACGUCAUGCUGAACUGUUCGACGGGGCCGGCCAUGCCGCCGGCCAACAUUCAGUGGUACAUUGAUGGGAAACCUGAAAUUAUCCAACCCUGGGAAGGCAACACAGAAGUGACUGUCGCCAACGACGAAGGUCUGCGAAUGAGCUGGCGGCCCCUACGGUUGACGAUCAGCACGCCACGAGGCGUAGUGGCGGUGCGGUGCGAGGCAAGGCAACCGGUGCGGCCGCCGUACGUGCGGUCGACUAAUGUGAGCCUCGCUGUGGCACGGUCGCCGCAUUUAUCCAUGUUCACAGCUUCGGGCUCGAGUACGGCGCAAACGGCGCUGGCGCUCCUGGCCGGCGCGUCGCUACAUCUAUUGUGUAAAAGUGCCUUGACUGAAGUAUAG